AGACAAGACAUGAUCGCGUGCAUGUUGCGGACCUGGUACCAAGUCUUUUGGAGUCGUUUUGGUCUGCUUGGUUCAGGAACAAGGACAGAAGAGUUUCAGUAAAUAUGACAUGGAGCUACCGGUGGCUUUACACGCGCAAAGAUAGUACGCAAACCAACAGUAGGUUGUAUCGUGACUCCGGUGUGGAUGCCGGAACCGACGGCCGCCUCAUAGCGUCUGCGCGUUUUUGUUUGAGUCACUCUGGGAAAAAUUCACUUUCUUUUUCACUCUUCCUUCGUCUCCACUUAAUUUUCUUGGCAAAGGCUCGCUGGAUUUCGUGCAAUUUCGUCAGAGCUCUUUGUAGCAGAGGCAGCAGUCGCCGCCUUGCAAGCGAGAGGUGUAGGCGCUACAAAGCGUCGGUUGCAAGCAGAGAUUCCCUCGUCUUUUUGUGGCGGCAGAGAUGUUGUCCAUUCUGAAGAAUGAUCUGGUCACAACGGCUAGCAAAAAAGGCGUCCUGAUUCGAAAGGCGGAGCUCGACUGGUUCACGCGAAACUACUGGAUCAUUGCCACGCAAGCCACGGUGGUGGCCGGCUUCUCAUUCCACCAGCUUUCAUGUCCUCCGCCAGAAGAAGCCACUGCACUGUCGGCUUUGUUCCACAUUACCCUGACAAGUCUCAGCUUUAUUCUGGCUCUCUACGUCAUCGUCAACUGUACCUUCUCCUGCAUUCUGGCUCCCGGUCUUGCCUUGAGAGGGGCAGGCGGCUUUGAGUCCAUGCAAAACGCAAUCCGCUACCUGCGGAAGCAACAAGAUCGCAUUCUGUGGUGCUUCAUGAUUUCGCUCGCUUGCUUUGUUUUGGCAAGUUUCAUGAUUGUACAUGUCUUCGGCCGCCGCCAAAAGCUUGCGGUGCGGAUCGAGAGUGUGCUACUUUUUGUUGCGCUCGCUAUCGCCUUCAUGGCAGCUCGAGCUAUCAUGCUUUUCCAGCAUGGCAGCGCGGCAAGGAGUGGCGUCAAUACAAUUGAGGAACACUAUGGAAAGGUCGGGGAUAUUGAUGCGAUGAUUGGUCGUCGUUUCUAAGCACUUUGUGAUAUCGAGCUACCUAUAAAACGACCUGAUGUGUGCCUACGCCGCAGGUGGCACUCUGCUGAGGGAGUCCCUCGUUUUGGGAAUCGUGUACAUUUGUGUGCAGUGUACCGACUGCUUUCCCACACGCGGCUUGACCAUGAUAACGUGAAGAAAACUGGGCAUCUGUCCUUUGAAACCUAAUUUCGCUGGCCGAUCGGGACAAAUGUUGCCUCGCAUGACGAAACUCCUGUCCACUCAACGCCAGACCGCGGCAUCAGUUGUCAAACA